AUGACAGAUUUGACUAUGACUUUACCAAACUUCAACAGGUCUUGGAAGAUGGCAGGGCAGCUGACAUGGAUACCAAGACUGUGUUAUUGCAUCUUCAAAGUGUUGAUACUGACAUUUGUACUGGUAGUUGCAAAAUUCAUUCCCAUUGUGAGAACUCGAUUGACUCGGUAUAUUGGCGAUGUUUUAUAUGACACACCUUUAAAAGAAGAAGAUUACAAAGACUCUGUAUAUAACUUCCGUUUUCUCAAAACGAUUUGGCGGGCAGAUUAUCUAGAUUGCUUCAAACAAGCUUCAUUAGGAGGAAAUGCGCCAAAUCCCGAGGUCAUCGACUUGCGUUCCAGUCAGGUUUUGAGACUGUUAGACUUCCAAACUCAAGGUCGGCCUCUUGUUCUCAAUUUCGGCAGUUGCACUUGACCGCCGUUUAUAGCGAAGCUGGAGAGAUUUAAUUCCUUAAUCACUAGCUUCGGUUCUUUCGCAGACUUUAUAAUUGUAUAUAUUGAAGAAGCACACCCAUCCGACGGCUGGUUUUUCAACAAUAACAUUUCAAUUGAAAAACACCGGAAAACUGAAGACAGGAUUGAUGCUGCCAAAAAGUUGGAGUCCUUUGGUACACGUUGUCCUGUUCUUGUUGAUCCGAUGUCGGAUGCUGCUAACCGACUGUAUGGAGGGUUGUUCGAGAGACUUUAUGUAAUCAAAGAUGGCGUCGUGGUAUAUGAAGGAGAACGUGGACCACAAGGAUAUAAUAUAGAAGAACUGGCCGAAUGGCUUCAGAUAUACGAAAAAGAAAUGUAA